AAGCAGCAGGUCCAUCGCCGUUGGGCGGGUGGGCAGGCCCCGAAGAUGUUUGCACCUCAGCCACUUGAUGUGGCUGUCGUCCGGGAGGUCUAGCAUGUCAGCCACAGACUUUCUUGGCUUCGCAGCUUCGCCUUUGGGCGUCCCAUGGAGCUACCUCCACUUCCUCCAGCUGCCGAGAGCUCCGGCAAAUCACCCGAUGCUCCGGCAGCGCCGGUGUCCCCGAGCGCGGCCCAUGCAUUGAAGCUCUGCAUUUCUGGAUUAGAUGGAUAUGAGCUGAAGAUCUCUGUGGAUGAUGCCCUCCUCGGCAGCGAAUUGUUGGACCUUGUGAAGAUGCAGCUUCCAUCAAAGCCAGGAGCCAUGCUUUCCUUGCUUGUGAACAACUCCAUGCUCUCCUUGAAUGAGACGCUGAAGGAGCAAGGCUUUCAGAAGGACCAAUCCCUUCACUAUUGCUACACCACCGCGAAUGCGGGCGAGGCUUGGAAAGCCCUGAUGGGUUUCAAAGUGGAGAAGGCCAAUGAAGUCUUGGAGGGAGUCCUGAAGCUGCAGACUGAGACACAGGUGAACGUCACUCAGCUCUGUCAUUUGCAGAGCUUGAGGUUGGGCCAAGCUGAGUUGCUCUUGGAGGACAUCAGCUUCCCGGUCGGCCUGCAACACUUAAGCUUUGGCAAUUCCUUUGACCGCAGUUUGCUUCGGAGCCAUCUCCCCAGUGCGCUGCUGAGCUUGACCUUUGGGCGGUGCUUCAAUCGGAGCCUUGAGAACGUCUCCCUGCCACCGCAGCUGCAAGCUUUGACCUUUGGACAUGCGUUUAACCAACGAAUGGAGGUGGUCAAGCUGCCGGAACAGUUGAGAAGCUUGACCUUUGGGUUCGAAUUCAAUCAGACCCUGGCGCACACCAUUUUGCCUCCGCAUUUGCGUCACUUGAGCUUUGGCGAUCGCUUCAAUCAGAGCUUGGACUCUACGAUGCUACCGAUUCACUUGAGAACUUUGGCCUUUGGCGAUCGAUUUAAUCAACGACUGAACCAGGUGCUUUGGCCACAAGACUUGGAGAAGUUGAUCUUCCGCAGGGAUUUCAAUCAGCCCUUAGAUGGCUUGGCCAAUCUCCCGAACCUGGGGACCUUGAUGCUUGGCCAGAAGUUCAAUCAAGUCCUUCCCGCAGCAGAUUCGCCUGCGGUGCUUUCCGGCUCGGAGCCAGCGCAGGAGCAGUCCACCUCUUUGUUCCCCAGGCUUCAUACGCUGGUUCUGGGUGAUAGCUUCAGUCAUAGCCUGGAGCAUCACCUGUCGAGCUUGAAGUCCUUGUCACUCGGACGCCAAAACCCGAGCGCAUAUGCAGAUGUUCCUUCUGCUGCUCACCUGUCUCGGAGUUUGCCCUUGAACUUGGAGGACUUGACGGUGGGCGGCUUGGCCCCUGAAAGCUUCAUGGUCUUCCCAUCUGCCCUGCAGAGCUUGACCUUAAGAUCUGGAUCGCCGCUCCAUUUAGUUGGACUACCACAUUUGCGGAUUUUGAUCCUGGGAGAGGGCUUCAAGGACGCGGAAGAGGUGGAGCUUCCUGGGAGUCUUGAAAGUUUGAGCCUGGGUGACCUACCCCUACGACAGGUGAGACUCCCGGAGCGCUUGAAGAGCCUGGCGCUGGGCCGCGAAAAAACCGAGCUCCUGCACCUUCCAGCCAGCUUGGAGAGUUUGACCUUGGGCGAGAACUACAACCAACUCUUCGAGGUGGAGUUACCCAAGCAUCUGCAAAGCUUGACCUUCGGAGAUGCCUUCAACAAGAGCUUAGAAAAUGUGAGCUUUCCGCCCAGCCUGCUACGCUUGACCUUUGGACGCAGCUUUGAGAAGCGAUUGGAUCACGUGACACUGCCAGAGAACCUGCUGGCCUUGACCUUGGGACGCAACUUCAAUCAUGUACAAUCGUUCCUACGUUAAUAUGAGGCAACAAGAGGAUGCAAGGCUUUGGACCACGUGGUCUUCCCGGAGACCUUGAAGAGCUUGAUUUUGGGGGAUCUGUUCAACCGUUCCUUGGAGAGGACGGACGCGAUUCCCAGCGGGUCUGGAGCGAUUGAAGAUCGGAGAGUCCUUCAAUCAGAGCUUGGAUGGUUUCAACUUCCCAAGUGGCUUGAGAAGUUUGAUCUUGGGACAUGGCUUCCGCCAAAGCUUGGAGCAUGUGAACUUCCCCACCUUGCAGCACCUCACGUGUCAAGGCCUUUGCAUCGAUUGUGCCUGAGUCAUUGGGCAUCGAAGCGCCGCUCGCGGAACUCGGAGAAAAACGCCACUCCGCUCUGAGCGUGGACAUACGCCAUGGAUGCGCCGGUGCCAGCGGAGUGUGGAUCCCAGAGGAGCGUGGAGUGGAUCGAGUGCAGCGAGGAGUGCAGGCGAAGUGAGAGGUGUCUUGAGGCGAAGUGAGAACGCACGCCCUUGCGGGACGAACCCACCGGUCUUGCGAUCGGAACGUCGUUCUGCGGUACACCGCGCCUGCCGUUCUGAUUGGUGAGUGAGUCGUUCUGAUUUGAUGAGCGAUGAGC